AAAAAAAACGAAAAAAAGAAAGAAAAGUCUCCCGGCAUAGCCAUGAGGCCAUGAGAGGAAAGGAGAAUAGCAGAAAUUCUUCUUCUUCUACUACUGAAAUGUCGUCUUGGUCAUCUAAUUUCUGGUCGUCGGCGAGCAGGACCAAGCCCUUGCUUUCUCCAUCGGAAACCGGAGUCCGUAGAAGCUCCGGCGACGAACUCGUCCGGCGGCUCGGCUUGUUGGACCUGAUUCUCAUCGGCGUCGGCGCGUCUAUCGGGGCCGGCAUCUUUGUAGUCACCGGCACCGUCGCUCGCGACACCGGCCCUGGAGUCACGAUUAGUUUUGCCCUUGCUGGAGCAUCCUGUGUAUUAAAUGCUCUCUGUUAUGCCGAGCUAGCUUCUCGUUUUCCUGCUGUUGUUGGCGGAGCAUACUUGUAUACGUACACAACCUUUAAUGAACUCACUGCUUUCCUUGUAUUUGCCCAAUUAAUGCUUGACUAUCAUAUUGGGGCUGCUAGCAUAGCACGAAGCUUAGCAAGCUAUGUAGUCACGACUCUAGAGCUCUUUCCCUUUUUCAAAGACAUUCCAAACUGGAUUGGCAAUGGUGAAGAGUUUCUUGGAGGAGCUUUAUCUAUCAACGUAUUAGCUCCAAUUCUCCUAACACUUUUGACUGUAGUUCUUUGCCGGGGCAUCAGAGAAUCCUCCGCUGUGAACUCAUUCAUGACUGUGCUAAAGGUCAUCAUUGUUAUUAUUGUCAUCUUUGUCGGUGCUUUUGAGAUUGACGUUUCAAAUUGGUCUCCUUUUGCUCCAAAUGGUGUUAAAGCUAUACUGACCGGAGCUACUGUUGUAUUCUUUGCAUAUGUUGGAUUUGACGCAGUUGCGAAUUCUGCUGAAGAAUCAAAGAGACCGCAGCGGGAUUUGCCUAUAGGCAUCAUGGGAAGCCUUCUCAUAUGUAUUGCAUUGUACAUUGGUGUUUGUUUAGUGAUCACUGGAAUGGUACCUUACAAGUUCCUUGGGGAAGAUGCUCCUUUGGCAGAGGCCUUUACAUCCAAAGGCUUGAAAUAUGUUUCUGUUUUGAUAAGCAUAGCUGCCAUCGCUGGACUUACAACCACCCUUCUAGUUGGUCUUUAUGUUCAGUCUCGGUUAUAUCUUGGGCUUGGAAGGGACGGGUUACUACCAUCAAUAUUUGCUAAAGUACAUCCAAAGUACCACACUCCUAUUCACUCUCAGGUCUGGGUUGGUAUUGUUGCUGGCGUUUUGGCAGGAUUAUUUAAUGUGCAUGUGCUCUCACACAUACUUUCAGUUGGCACAUUGACAGGCUAUUCUGUUGUCUCAGCAUGUGUUGUAGCUCUUCGGUGGAAGGAUAAGACAGCAAGUCAAGUGUCUUCUUCAUCCUGGCGGGAAGGUCUCAUCUGCCUCAUUACAGUUGCUUGUGGUGGUUUGUGUGCUGGACUAUUCUACCGUGUCAAUGCUUCAUUUAUCUUUCUGAUUGUUGCUGUAGUUGUGGCAAGUAUCGCUUCUCUUGCUCUUUGUUUCCGCCAAGUUUAUGCAGUUCCACCAGGGUUUUCUUGUCCUGGGGUUCCUGCUCUGCCAGCUGUUUGCAUCUUCUUCAACAUGUUCCUAUUUGCUCAGCUACACUAUGAAGCAUGGCUGAGAUUCAUUAUCCUCAGCAUUAUUACUAUUGGUGUUUAUGCAUUUUACGGGCAGCAUCAUGCUGAUCCGAGUUCAGAAGAGACUGUUAUCUAUUAUAGGGCACCUAGAGAAGAGGCUUCAUAGUUAUUUCUUUAGGAAUGUCACAUGCAUUCUGAUAUCAGUUUUUACCCCUUGUAUCAUUAGUUUUCUUGUAUUUACUUGUGCUGGAGUAGGUUGCAGCCCAUUGUAUCAUAACAGAAUGAUUUGUUGGACCAAUAUAUUGGAAACCAAUAUUAUUCAUCUAUACAAGCAGUUAUCAUUCAUAGCAAAAA